AUGGGUAUUCCACAGUGGACCGAGCAGGACGAGCGCCAGGCGCGCAUGGAAGAUGCCGGUCUUUAUAUCGACUGGCCGAACCCGUACAACAUCGAACCGGGACUUUACAUUAUCGUUCACAUGGAGUAUACCACCCAGGCCGAUGAAAUCAUAGACGUCAUUGACGAUGCAUAUAGCACCGUCACAGCCCGUCUCGAAUCGCGGCAGUUCCGCAACCCGAGGCACCCCAUUCCAGGGCGUAAGAGCCUUUUCCUCCACUAUGAACUGAUCAACCAGGAUGACGGGACCACAAACGCCUUCCCCACGGAGGAAGGCCUCUUCGAAGAGGUUCAGAGUCACCUCAUGCUCAUGUUUGAUAAGCUUGAGAUGGGGGGAACGUUCGACCUCCCCUACAAACUUGGUCCGGUGCGUGUGUUCUGGUGUGACAUGGUCGAGCCGGAACCUGAGCUCCCCACUGUUACUGUUGUAGUGUACGAGGAGACAGACUCUGACAGCCAGGAGGAAGAGAAACUCAAAGCUGAGCUGCCUGAAACUGCUCAACAGUGA